CCGUUGCCGCUGCCGCGAAGCGCUGCGCCGCGCACGGUGCCACCACUGCCGUUCGAGCGAACCGCCGCCGCGUUGCUGGCCCUCUCAGUCGCGACGCGCUCGUCACGGGGUGCAGAUCGUACGCCGUUCGUCGUUUCGACACCCUUCGUCGCGCGCAGCACGCGCUUCUCACGCGGACAGUCGCCGCCGUACGUCGCACCGGCGUUUACCGCGAUCCGCAUUCGUAUUCGUAUUAUCCGUAACGUGUCAUUCCGUCGCGGAAGCCGCAACGUCGCCGUCGUGAUCGUUGUCGUCGCGUUUCGAGGUGGUUGAUGGUGGUGGGUGGUUGAUGGUGAAGUCUGACUUCCGCUCUCUUGGACUAAACGCGCCUCUACGUGAUAGACAUUUCGAUCGAACUGAAGACAAGUGACAGUAGCUGAAAACUGUAAAAAAAAAGAAAGAGAUAGAAGAUACAGCGAAAGGGAGAGUAAGGAUCAAGUGUGCCGCGUGGUGCAUCGAAGUAGGGACGCGAUUACCCCUCCUCUCCACCCCCGUCUUGGGACUAUCCUGAUCCCUUGAGAGACUCCCCGUCGUGUAUGAUGUUUCGUUGGGGGAGACAAGGCGAAUUCUAACUCUCUUUCGGAAGCGGUGUGGGAGUGGAUUAGAGUGUGCUCGAAUACGGUAUAUUCCGAGCCACGUUUCGGAGCUAGGCUAAAAGAUGCUCGAUCGCGACGUCCCAACGGGACGAUGACGCCCGCGUCGGUUUGCGUCUGACAGAUCCGCGCACGUUGCCACGAGGCGCGCGGAUAAAGCUCUCGCACUUUCCCCCCGCGUCGUUUCGCGCGGACAUCUGGAGGUUUUGCGUGUGGCUGUGCAUAUGUGUGUUGCAGAUGCAGCCUUGUUGCUGAUCCGAUCGAGGUGAACGUUGCCGAGAAACCGAGGCGAGACGCAUCACGAGGAAGAGGAGGAGGAGGAGGAGGAGGAGGAGGAAGAGGAGAAGAAGACUGGAGAACGAAAAGACAAGAGGACAGUGAAGAGAAGGAAGGCAGAAGAAAGGGAGACUCGCACCUAGAGAAUUAAAGGAGGAAGAGGCACUGCUGCCCUUCCCCCUUCCCUUUCCAAGGAACACAAAACAAGCGGAAACUGCAUUACGUCCGAUCAUGACGCAACAAAGCGGAGCUGGGUCACCCCAGCAGUUCUGUCUGCGUUGGAACAAUUAUCAGACUAAUCUGACCAACGUCUUUGAUCAGCUCCUACAGAGCGAAAGCUUCGUCGACGUGACCCUGGCCUGCGACGGGCAUAGCGUCAAGGCCCACAAGAUGGUCCUGUCUGCCUGCAGCCCGUACUUUCAGGCGCUCUUCUUCGAUAACCCCUGCCAGCAUCCGAUAGUCAUCAUGAAGGACAUCAAAUGGCCGGAGCUCAAGGCCGCGGUCGAGUUCAUGUACAAGGGCGAGAUCAACGUCUCUCAGGAGCAGAUCGGGCCGUUGCUCAAGGUCGCGGAGAGUCUCAAGAUCCGCGGUCUCGCGGACGUCAACAGCGAACAAGAGCUGACGUCCAGGCCAACUCUGGAGGAGGUCGCGACCGCGGCGUUGCAGCGGAAGAAGCGCCGCCGGAUGUCCGGCGAGCGUUCGCCGUCCGGCACCAGCCCUGACCAUGUCGGCUCCGGCAGCAUCGGCCCCGACGAUCAGGACGUCAUCGCCGGCAACAUCGUCGUGCCCGAGAUUCACAGCAUGGUGCCGUCGACUGCCAGUUCGACCCCAAGGUCCCUCGGCUCGCCCAGCACGCCCAGCAUCUCCGUCACGCCGCAGAUCAACCUGCAGGAACUUCCGGUCUCGCUGCCCUUACCGCCACCACCGCCACCACCACCGCAGGGACAGCAGAGCUCGCACUCCCUGCCGGCCCACCACGUGCCCGGCCACGUGACUUCCGGUCCGCACGCGCCCGUCAACCACCUCGGCGCUCACAGCCAACAGCUCAGCGUUCAGCAACAGCAACAACAGCAACAGCAGCAGCAACAACAGCAUCAUCAGCAGGGUGCCGGUGCUCAACCCAACACCGGUGAUGAGCUCGAGAUCAAGCCCGGCAUCGCGGAGAUGAUUCGGGAGGAGGAAAGGGCCAAGUUGUUGGAGUCGUCCCACGCUUGGCUCGGCGCCUCCACCUCCAGUAUAGCAGCAGACAGCUACCAGUACCAACUGCAGUCCAUGUGGCAGAAGUGCUGGAACACCAACCAGAGCCUGGUGCACAACCUGCGCUUCCGGGAGCGUGGACCCCUCAAGUCCUGGCGGCCGGAAACCAUGGCGGAGGCGAUCUUCAGCGUGCUGAAGGAAGGACUCUCCCUCAGCCAAGCGGCAAGGAAAUACGAUAUCCCCUAUCCGACGUUCGUCCUGUACGCGAAUCGAGUGCACAACAUGCUGGGUCCUAGCGCCGACGGCGGAGCCGAUCUGCGCCCGAAGGGACGAGGACGACCGCAAAGGAUCCUGCUGGGUGUCUGGCCGGACGAGCAUAUCCGCGGCGUGAUUCGCGCGGUGGUGUUCCGCGACGGACACUCGCCCCACAUUGUCAAGGAGGAGCCGACCACGAUGUACCCCAGCUUGGCGAACUAUGCCGCCUGCAAUGGUCCGGAAGGCGCGGUCAGCCCGGGUGCGGCGGCCGCGGCUGCGGUCGCGGCGGUCGCUCAAGGUUUGCGGCACCAGAUGUGCAGCAUGGUGGCAGCGGCGCACUCGCAGCAACACGACAUGAUGGCGACGAACCUGUCGACAAAUCUGUCGACGAGCCUGUCCUCCAGCCUGUCGUCGAAUCUGCAGGCGGCGAUGCAAGCCAGCCAGCAUCACAACAACAACAACACGAGUAGCAACGCGAGCGGUCUUGGCGGUAACAACGCCGGCAACAACAACGGCAAUUCUCCGUUGAAUCUCGGCUUGGCGAGCCCGGGCUCAGGUGGACCGCCCGAGAGUCCGCUGGAGAGUCCGCUGGCGAGCCCUUUGGGCCCGCUGAUGGACCCGGCGGGUCACAUACCCAGCAGCGUGGAGGUCGGCAUUGGCGUGAGCGGCAUGACGUACAAGCCGGCGCGAAGCUUCGUCAGUCCGCGCCCGGAGAAUCUCUUCCAGGAGGACAUCGCCGAUUUGGUGAAGAGUCCCCACGGUCUCAAGGACAAGGACAAGAUUCCGGUGAAGCUCGAGCCGCUCACGGAUUCGCGCUGCGAAUAGUAAGCCAUCCCGGUGGCUGCGGGACGAGGAGGAGAGACUACGACGACGUCGGCCGUUGCGGGACGAGGUGCGUCGAUGACCCCGGGGAGGUUCUCUCUCUCUUCGAGGCCGUCAGCGGCCAAGGACCGGUGAUGCGCGGACUGGGGUAGGCUUCCCGCGAAGAAUCGACCUCCGCCUGAUUCACUUCACCUCCUUGCGGGAGUUCAUAGUAUAUAUAACGCAUACGCGACUCCGAACGUUAUACGCGAGCGCGAUGUACUGUGCAUAUACGAAUAUCUUAGAGGGAUGUUAGAGAGAAAGAGAGGCUUACAAUCAAAAGAAAAAAAAAAGAAAACUAACGGAGACACAGAGUGCGGACGAGGAAUAAGCGAGUGUCGAGAGAGUUUCUCGCCUGGCUCAGCUUUGGGGAGGGACGAUCGAACAUGGAGUGGCUCGUCGACGUGGUCGAGGAUCGCUCGGUCGAUCCUUCGACAGCGGGAAAGAGCAGAAAUGGAAGAAAGAGAGAAAGAGCGAAAGAGAGUAAAACCUUCUUCUAGCAAACAUACUAUAGCUAUUGGGUCGCCGGCGCCUCGCGAGCGCGCCGCCACCUUUUUCCAAUCUAGAUAGUCGUGUCAUCGUCGUGUCGUACAGACUAUGUACAUGUAAUAAAGGUAAAACCCAUACAUACAAACACACACACACACACACACGCGCACGCGCGCGCACACACACACACACACACACACACACACACACACACACACACACACACGCACACACACACACACACAAGUCACACCACAUACGUGCACGCGUAUGGACGUACACUCACACACAAACACGCGCGCGCGCAUACGCAGACACACGAGCGCGCCGUACAUACAAGACAUACACUCGAAAUUUAUACCUACGCAUUAUACGAUAACUAUACUUUUAAUGCCAAAUGUAUAAUAACUCGUAAGGGGUCGCCUACUGCCGAAUGAUUGACUCUAUUCGAGACGAGGUAUCGACGAAAAAAAAGUGAGCCGUCUCGAACAGAACUUGCACACGUUGUACUAUCGAGUCCUUACACAACGUGUCAUGGAUCAGUUUUGUGAUACGCCCUAAUUUUUAGGUGUCGCAAGAUUUGCUUGGAAUUAUUUUAAGAGUAUAAGAGUAAGAUUUCUCUCAUCAGUAGCACAUAUAUAUAAUGUGAAAGUAAUAAAUUACAGAGAUUACGCGAACUCUUAUUUUCUUUUUCUGUGUAAAUCUUGCUUUUAGAACAAAUAGAUCUGGUUUUUUUUAAGUACUCACAUAAAUAUGUUAAUAGAAAUAUUUUUCUUUCUUUUUACGUAUAUUAAACGCGCAUCGAUAAGUCUUGCGCUUUCAUCUAUGAAUCUCCGGAAUAGAAAAUCUCAAUUUUAUCCGCGACGCUUUGUGCAAGAAUGCUAAUCCUUUUGACGCCAGGCAGUAAGCGACGUCACCGAUCUAAGCUCGAUAAUUAAGGGAGAUGUACAAAAUUCACUAUGAUUGUCUACCAAGCAAACGAGCAAAAAAAAAAUUAAAGAGCGAAGGAGGGAGAAAGAGAAAAAGAAAGUGCGAAAGAGGGAAAAAGGUACGACAAAGUAUUUAGAGACGGAGAAAACAAAUUCAACGGCUUAUAAAGCGAGCACACUCUCUAGGCCGAGAUGAUCGCUAUAAAGUUAUUAAGUAUAAUGAUUGCCUUCCUGCCAUAUUUGGGGUAUGCCAAGUAUAAAAAUUAUAAGGUUUAGGGAUUAGGGACGAGAAACUGUGGCUCUCGACACGACAGACCGUGUCGAAAUUUCGGUGAGUUCGGCGACCACGAGUGUGUCUGUGCAUCGAUGCGAGAGAUUGCGAAUCGAGAGUUGUCUGUAUCGAGAGUUUGUAUGCGCGCGUGAACGCGAGCGUGAAUGGUGAGUACGAACGAGAGCGAGCGAAUGGAAUCGUGAGGGUGAAAGAAGAGGGGAGUGAGGGAUGGGAAUGGGAGAAAAACUCGUAUACGUGUUCUUCUUUCGAAAGAUCGUGCUAUUUUUCAAAAUUUUACACACGUCGCGCGAGAUACCUCCGCGAAGGGAUCUCGAGCCCUCGACAAUCGAUGAACAAGCCGUGCCGACCAGUUGAAGGCUGACGAGGUAUUUUUAAUGUGCCGAGCGGAUUUAUGCACCGGUAGAAUUUAUUGAGGAUUAGUGUAGUUAAUCGCCUUUGCUAAAUUCAGAACGAUCUAUGAGAUUUUAGACUUGAUUACCGCAAAGUAUCGCUUUUCGAUGUGGUGCUAAUACGAAGAUCCUCCAUUUGACCACCGUCGCCGAUAAGCAGGCAGUUUUUAUUACAAUAUCGAGCAAAUAGGGCACGAUUAGAAUUUAUUGGACCUUGUAAUUGAUCGUCUGUGCUAAAUUCGAGCCAUCUAGGUUCGGAUUUGAUUAUCGUCAAGUAUCACUUUACAACGGUGUUAAUAUGAAGGUACGCGUUCGAUCAUUUAUAUCUCUCAUCAGCUAUAAACGGAUCGUAAUUUUUCGAAUAGUUUAAUCCUAAAUGCAUCUGUCGCGAAAACGGAAUUUUCCGUUCUGCAAACUCUAACAUCGGCACGCUGGUUCAGGGGUGAGAAAGGGGAAGAGUGCGAGAGAAUGUUAGUGAGAGUGAGGGUGAGAGAGAAAGAGAGAGAGAGCGAGAGACAGAAAGAGAGAAAGAGACUCCUUGUAAAUGUAAAAAGUAAACAAAAAAAAAUUCGAAGUGGCCUUCGGUGAAAGGGAAAGAUCAUCGCUUUUCGCUUUUGCUCGUACGAGGCUUUUGGCGAAAUGAGCCAUCCGUGUUAUCCGUUUGUCUGGAAAACUUUACGGAAGAGAGGGUAAAAUAAAAUCGCAGGAAGAAAAAAAAAUUGAUUCUCGCGCCACACGCUCAUGCAGCCAGAAUAUUUCCGGUGAAGGAGGGGUAAGAAGAGAGGGAAAGGGAAGAGGGAUCGCGCGAUCGUAGCAAGGCUUUUGGGGGAGAAGGGAAGGGCGACUAAAAGACGAAGAACAUCGGGCAAGUCAAAAAUAAAGGGGGGAAAAAAGUUAAACACGUUAUUCUUGAUACAAACUUUUGCGCGACAACGCGAAACGGUGUCGCGAGGCGACACGGGUGGGGCGAUUUAUUAUUAGUAUACGCGUUGCGAGACUUCAAUCGACCACGUUUUUCAUUUCGGCGAGAAAUUCGGAAAGCGCGAAUUCUAUUUACCAUUUAGGCAUUAAUGUGUUCAAACGUAAAUUCGCGCGAGGAAAAAAAAAACAAAGAAGAAGGAGAGAGCAAAAAAAGGAGGGAUUGCGCGUACGGGGAGCCGAAAUUUAAUAGAAAAGCGCAAGCUGAAUCGCGCGAAAAAUUCAGGUGCAAGAGGAGAAGGGAGGGAAAGAGAAAAAAGCGAGAGAAAAGGAGAAUACAUGAGGUCGCGAGAGCGUGGGGAAGAGAGAGAGAGCGAAUGCGGAAGAGUUUAAAAUUAAAUAUUGUAUAAAAUGAAAAAAAGUAGUAAGUGCCUUCCAAAAAAAAAAUUUAAGUGUCCCGUAGACCGUGACCACUUGACUAAGCGACGAGAAGAAAAAAGUCAUUCGAAAUUCUGCUGAAUGCAUUACUCGUGUGAUCACGUUUGUAGAUACGUUGCACAAGUUUGACACCCCCCGCUCUUUUCCGAGUUGACAUUUCAUUUUCUCUGCGGCACUCGUCGGUUUUAUUCCCGAUUAAAACGAACAAUGAGUCUCAAAAUCUGACGGUUUCGAAAAGAAAGCCUCUCCCACGUUUCUGUAAUCUGAAUACUCUUUUGUGUUUCCACACACUUCCCUUAAAACUCGAGAAAUUACGUAAUUUCUAAUUACAAUUUGGUGCUGCAAAUUGGCGCAAAGCGUUCCACUUUUCGAGAUUCAGCAUACGUAUAAUCCUCAAAUCCAGACCGGUCUGAAUUCGACGGAUCGAAUAUAUAUUUGUAGCUGCAAUAUUUUUCAAUGCAAAAUUUGUCGGCCGUUCCUGAACUAUUUGCCAAGAGAAAAAUCCCCCUUUUGAGAUUUUCGAUCCACCUAUUUGCAGAAAAAAAAUGCAAUUGCACAAUGAGCGAAAAUAUUUCAGUUAACCGGCGAAUUCUCCCAUGUCGAAUAUGCAAUGUAUCUACGAACUCUGUGUGUGCGUGUCAGAGUGAAUGUCCGAAGCAACAAACUACCCGACAAAAUUUGUGUUUUGGAUCAAUCCACACAGGUAAUACCCUGAAUGGCAUAUUCUCAAAAUGUUUUCCUUUUUAGUUUCCCGGCAAAGCAAAUAAAGUCGACGCAUUUUAGGUAGGGAGGGGAAAGAGAGCAUAGGGGGAAAAAAAAAUGAAAGCGGAACAGCUGACCGACGAAAGAACGGAGAACGGCUAUUUCGAGAGGACCCUUUCGUUUCCACAUUUUGAUAUAUACAUAUAUGUAUCUGUGAACAGAUGGUGAAAAAAAAAGAAUAUACCUAUAUUACAUACCUAAGACGUAAGUGAACAAAAAAAAGUAUCUAAUACGCUAUUAUUGAUAUAGAACACAAAGUGAAUAUAUAUAUGAGAAAAAAGUAUAUUAUAUAUAUAUAUAAAUAUAUAUAUAUAAAAAUUGAUAUAUUGACGCUGUAGGAUUAUACUGAGGCUGAGUGCGUUUAUUGCGAAAGAGAGAAAGAGCGAGAGAGCGCGAGAGCGAAAGAGAGAGAUAAAGAUAGAGGCCGCGGUUCUUUUUUUUCGAACGUCGUCGAGGACGAAACAAAAGUUCACGGGCGGAGUUUUGCGCUAGGCGGAAUUAAAAAAGGCUUGGAGGCUCUAGGAAUCGAGAAGACGCAGUAGCUCGUAGGGUCUUUUUUUUGUCGGGCCGACACAUAAAAGGACGGACGUGCGUGACUCUGGUACUACCUUAGCGAGAGCCAAUUCAGUUUCAGCUCGCGGAUGCGUGUCCCGUUUAUCGAUGGUCUACAUCUUAUUUUCCCUUUCUUUCCGUACGGUGAAAUCGAUUCGAAAAUAAACUGUCGUUAAACUGCCGAAAUUUGUAUAAUCGCACGGCACGUGUGUCUAAAAAACAAGAAAUUCAAAAGGCUUGAGAAACAAUUAGAAAAAUCAAUCCUUUUUCGGCAAAAAAAGUCUAUACAUAAUUAGAUAUAAAUAUGUUUGUAUUUGUACUUAAAAUAUGUUUAUUUUCCUCUUGUGUAUAAUUUCUGUUCAUGUGCAAGAAAAAUAAUUGGGAAUAAUUGAAAGUAAAAAUAACUUUUGCAUGUUUUUUUACAAGUGUUUCACAUAAAAUUGCGAUUAUAUAAUAUUCUAUAUAUAAUGACAUAAAAUUUUGUACAUUAUAUAUGAUUAUAUAUAGGCAAUUUUUCUCAUUUCUGCAAACUAUAAUUUUUAAAAAUAAAAAAAGUAAAAAUGUGAAAAUAUUUCUUCUAAUCAUUUUUCGUACAAGUAUAUAAACAUGGAUUAUACAAGAAAACAUUGAGAUAUUUUAUAUGUAAUUAUAUGUAAUAUGUAUGGAGACAUGUAAUAUAUAUUUUAUAUAAUUAUAUAUCUCCCUAUAUGUUAUAUAUAAUUAUACUUUAUAUUAUUUAAUUAUAGACUUUUUUAAAAGAGAUUUAAAAAUACCUUUAUUAACAUCUCUCGAAGGUGCGACGAUCGAUACGACGGGACAGGCGCUCCAGAAGUUUCAGAUCGCACGCAGAAACCGAUCUCGGCUUUCGUUCCACGCACGUGUGAAAUCUUUCCUUUGAUCGUCUUUAUUGCCGCGGUAUUGAGUGGUGAGAGAAAAAUAAAAUAAAAUCUACGAGAGAGCGAGUUGCACAGCGAACAGCCGACUAUAAACAGAACAUAAGUAGUCUCCGUACACACGAUUUACGACUAGUUUACAGGACGCGCGCGGCCGACGACGGGGUCGGGUUUCCUCCGAGUCCGAGGAAAGGGUUCGGGCUAGCGCGAUCGCGCUGAAACCGGAAACGCGAGAGGAUGCGCGAUCGCGCGGGACUCCGGACUCGCCCUACGCGCCGUCGUCCGGGCCGACACGCGAGGACGACACACCGCCGCGUUUCCGUUUCUCUAUCGUAGUUAAGGGACAACUUAGAUGUGACAUCUUUCAUUUUUCGCGAGGACUAUUUAGUCGAGCAAUAGGAUCGCACACUUUUCAGAGCCCGGUUAUUUAAUCGCACACGAGCCCGAGUAACACGUAUGUAUACACAUACACACACGUACACAAGACAUAUACACGUACGCACACACACACAACACACACACUUACGAACACAAUACGCAGAUCCACACAGAGAGAGAACAUCUCCAAGAAGCCGAGGAAAACGAGAGGACAUACGAGAGAUUGUUUGUCUUUACUGUAAAUAGAGAGAGGAGCAGCAUGUACGGCAAUGGUUAUCAUCGUUAUCACUCUGUAACGUGUAACAUAAUUUAUUUCUCGAGGAGUUCUCGUUGAGACUUCCCUUUAAGUAGCCUAAGAGAUCCGGAUUUUAUUUCGAUCCUUCCGCCGCGCGCCGGUCGGAGGUGCGGGGGCAAACCGGGGACGCCGGAUGGCCGUGUCCUUCGACGGGGAGGGAGGCCUCGUUCCUUCUCGAAAGACCCACCGUCCCUUGCCGGCCCUCCGGGUCGUCGGUGAGCUCUCGCGUGCCUCUUCCGCAUCGUCUCGAUUCAGCCACGAGAAGUGGAACGUGCGACAUGCGUGAAAACGAAUUUUAUAACCGGCCUCAAUGAUAAUUAUUUACACGCUUUAAAAUUAUUUCUCCCUCUUGCCGUGUAGCAAGAUAUUUUUCUCGCACCGCCAUCGAAAACUACGAUCGCACGUUGCGGCAAUACCGCUCUCGAUGAACACACGGAGCGAGAGACUGUUCUCGUUAAUAUCAGUACGACGGACACCAGAAGCCUGUUGGAGCUAUUUUUAAGAGUUUAAGAUAUUUAAGCGAGUAUUUACGAUUAUGGUUUUAAAGUCUAAUAGGAGAACAACAAAUCUCUCUGAUAAGCAUUGUAUUUAUAUAUUCAUAUAGUUAAGAAAUUUAUUUAAAAUGACAAAUUCCUAAUGGUAGAGAUCGUAUUUGCGAGUAUAAUUUAAAGGCUCGCUGGAAGGAGCGUAUCUAUAGGUAACAAUUAUUAUGUUUAUUAACUUAGGAAUUUAUUAUUUCGUGUGUCCGUCGUAUGUGGAGUGUCGAGAGCGUGGACGGUUUAAUCGAGACAGCGGGCAGUGGCGGAAUCGUUAUUAUCGAUUAUAAGCGCGCGCUCGUCGCACACGGCGAGUGUGCGACGAUAACGGCGAACGGCAAUAUUUUAUAGAGUUACUAUCGUUUUAUUUGUCGCCUUUAAGAGAACAAAAAAAAAAUGAAGAAGCGAGCGCACACACACGCAAGUAUUCUUUUCAGUAGGUAGUCCAAUUCUCGUUUUUUUUUUUUUUCCGGAUAAGUCGCCUGUACCGAUAGAUUAUAUCGAGAUAAAGCAAACGCGUGAUUAAGACGCGCGCGAGAUUGUAGCCGUGACGAGGACUCGUGAAACGACGUUCGUUCCCCGAUUUACUUCGAGAAAAAGAAAAAAAGCGCGCGAGAACGUUAACUGCGUCGCGCACGAUUUGUUUUAGUCACGGACGCGAAAACGCAGAAUCGUUCGCCCAUUAUUAAACGCGUUCUCCCCCUCUCCCCCUUCCUCCCAGAUUCCCCUCCCCCUCCCCUGAGCCCGGCCCUGAGCCCAACUUUUAUUUAUUACCGAUUAGCUCGUAAGAUGACGUUCUACCGAGGUAUGCUAUACUUAUAAAUACACCCUAUAUAUAGUGGAGUAAGCAACUUACAUUACCUACCUACCUACCUACCUACCUACCUACCUACCUACCUACCCUACCUACCUACCCAGCUACCUACCUACCUACCUACCUACCUACCUACCUACCUACCUACCUACCUACCUAGCUACCUACCUACCUAGCUACCUACCUACCUACCUUUCCGCGCGCUUGACGGGUGGAACAAACAGAUGAAUCACGCAAUCAUACAUUUAAGUUGCUACUUGGCACGUAUACCUAAGUAAUAUACUAACAUAAACAGUAUGCAAUAACAAAUAAAUAUGAGAAACGAAA